AUGAAGAGCGUGUUGCAGGAACUGGUUGGUGGGAAAGCACUUAUCUUUAUCGUUGUGCUGGGAGUGGGAGGAUCUUUUCAAAAUGGAUUUCAUCUCUCAGCAAUAAGCUCUCCAUCUCCAUACAUUCAGAGCUUUAUUAACAGCAGCUGGACGUAUCACUACGGGGAUGUUCCAGGAGAGAAGACUGUCACCUUUAUCUGGUCUACUGUGGUGGCUCUGUACGCUUUUGGAGGUCUCAUUGGCUCCAUUACUGUCAGAUACUUUACCAGUCACCUGGGAAGAAAAGGAGCCAUGCUGUUGAAUAGUGCUAUAGCAGUUGUGGCCACAGUAAUCAUGUACAUUAGCAAACCUACACACUCCUUUGAGUUGAUACUUGUAGCACGCUUCCUAUUUGGAUUCGGAGCAGGGUUGGGUUUGAAUGUACAUACCAUCUACCUUGGUGAGAGUUCACCGAAAAAAAUCAGAGGCAUGGUGACAGUCACAGCCACUACCUUUAUGUCCCUUGGUAAACUAUUAGGACAAUUUGCUGGCCUCAGGUAA